AUGAAAUUUCCUUCUAUAGAAUGGGAUGAAGUUAAAUCUCUUUAUGAGCGCUUUGUAUCGAUGAUGCGCGCCGGCGUUGAUUCUAAGUUACUAACUGGUGAAUUUGCAAGUCGUGACUUAGUAAAACGAGUGGCAGAUGUUGUAUGGAAUUCUUUAACUCGAAGUUAUUAUAAAGAUCGGGCUCAUCUUCAAUCUGUUUACAGUUUUUUGACAGGAAAUAAACUUGAUUGUUUUGGUGUUGCUUUUGCUGUAACGGCGGGAUGUCAAGUUUUGGGCAAAAGAGAUGUGCAUCUGGCAUUAUCUGAAGAUCAUGCUUGGGUUGUAUUUGGGAAGGAUAGAACAGAUACUGCUGAGGUUACUUGGCAUGGUAAAGGCAACGAAGACAAAAGAGGGAGAUCUGUUGGUGAUGGAGUUCUAGCACGCUCAUGGUUAUAUGUUGCUGGGAAACCAGUAGUGUGUACUCGCAUGAUGGAAUUGGCAGCCUUAGUGUCGUCCAUCAAUCCCACGUUGACUUCAACAAUUGAUGUCCAUGAAGUGGCUCAAAUGCAACACAGGCUACUUUGGUUGCUGUAUGAUAAUGGUCAUCUGGAAGCAUAUCCAAUGGCAUUGGGCAAUCUAGGCGACUUGGAUGAAUACAUGAAAAUAUCAAACUGCACAGAAAAUACUGAGGACUCACUUUUAAAUGACGAUGGAAGUAAAAAUUCAAGACCAGACUCCGCAGCCCUCUAUGUUCAAGCCAUCAGAUCUGCCAGAACUCAUUAUGAUGAUAGACAUGUUUAUCCAUAUACUUUCCAAGGAGGCUAUUAUCACCGACAUAAGAUGUAUAAAGAGGCAUUCCAUGCAUGGGCUUGUGCUGGAGAUGUCAUACGACACUACAAUUACUCACGUGACGAUGAAGAAAUAUAUAAAGAGUUUGCCGAGAUUGCAAACGAAUUAAUUCCGCAGCUUAUGAAGGCCGAAAGUUCUGGGCAUUCAGCACGCUCUAUUUUAAAGGAUCCAGAAUGCUUUGCCUCUUUACUAAGGUUUUAUGAUGGCAUUUGCAAAUGGGAGGAAGGCAGUCAAACUCCAAUUUUACAUAUAGGUUGGGCGAAGCCACUUGUUAGUACGAUAUCUAAAUUUGACGCCGAGGUCCGCGCUCAGGUGCAUAUUGUCUGUAAUCCUGAUAGUGAGGAGCCUUCUGAAGCGAAGGAAGUAGACACUGAAGACAACAAAAAAGACAAUGACAAAUGGAACAAUAACUCUGACAAUAUUGAAAUGAGCGUAAGAGAACAACUAACAAUGGCAGUGAAUAGCAGACCACGGGUCACAUUGUACAGUCACAAAAUGGCGGCACUUAAACCUCUGCUGUUGGCCGAGAGAUUGAAUACUCACGCGUUGCAGCUUCAGUUAACAGCGCAAAGCCAGUUACAGAGACCUCAGGCGCCGGCAAAGAGACGAGAUGAUGAUGAUCAUACGCCCGUAGCACCCACAGCGAGGGCUAAACGCGCUCGGCGAGAACGUUAA